AUGGCAUACAACGAUCAAAAGAAUGAUUUACAAUUAUGGCUUAAAUCAUUUUUUGGACUUUCUUUCAUCGCUCCAGAUGACGUGGAGGAUGAUUUUGUAGAGCUUAUAAGUACGUGUCCAAAUACUACAGAUGGACAAUUAUUUUCUGACUAUGAUUUGGAGACGUAUGUUGUACCUGGUUGUUUAUUUCCACCUAUUUUUUGGGCUGAAACGCCAUCACUAAAUCCUAGAACUACAAACGGGGCUGAAAGUUUCCAUAGAACAUAUAACACCCAGUUUACUAGUGCUCAUCCUCCAACAUCUGUUGUUACAAGUACGCUUAUGGAAACUCAAGCAGAAACCGUCACUAAAUUAUCAACCAUUUCCAAAGGAAAAAUCAAGCCAAAAUCAAAGGAAGAACUAAAAAUAAUCGAAUUUGUGAGUAAACAACACGAACAAUAUCUAAAAAAUAAAACACCAGAAAACUUACAUAAGUAUUUAACCAUAAUUGGAAAUAGGUAUCAGGGCUUUAAAAUUUAA